GCCCCAUUUCUCUCUGCCCACAAUUCAUCACUUUCCUUGCUUUCAACACUUUUAAGUUUAAAUUUCAAUGCAAGGAGGCGUUGUUAAUGGCGGUUCUGAAAGUGGGUCCAUGUCCACCGUGUUAAGGGAGGAUAACAUGGUGGUCUCCUCUGAAGAUUCUUCGUGCCCAGAUGAGUAUGAAUUGGAAUUGGGUCUUGGCCUCAGCCUCGGUGGUGGUGGUUCUAAGAUGCACCAGGUUUCAAAGUGUGGUCAAUAUGCUAGGAUUUUGACUGCUCAAGAUUUUCCCCCUUCGUCUCCUUCCCCAUCAUCAUCGUCUUCGUCAUCUUCGUUUUCUUUAACUAGAGCUAAUAUCACGGCCGGGACCAAGAGGACUGCUGAUUCCGUGGCUGCUGCUAAUGGAUCUAGUCAAGUCGUGGGGUGGCCUCCUAUCAGAGCUUAUAGAAUGAAUAGCUUGGUUAAUCAAGCAAAAGCAUCGGUCACAGAAGGAUUUAACUUGUCAAUGGAGAACCGUAAAGAGGAGACCUUGAUGGUUGAGAACAGCACCACUGGCAGCUACCAUAACAGUGGUAAUACUAAGCUCGGGAAAUUUCUAUUUGUGAAGGUGAAUAUGGAUGGAAUUCCGAUUGGAAGGAAGGUCGAUCUGAAUGCCCAUGAAUCAUAUGAAAAGUUAGCAAAAACGUUGGAAGAAAUGUUCCUUGAAACCACCCCAAGUGUCAAUUCAGCAGGAUCAAUGGCGCUGCAACGUGAUAUGAAAAACAAAAUGGCAAGGCCUUCGAAACUGCUAAAUGGAUCAUCUGAUUUUGUGCUUGCUUACGAGGACAAGGAGGGUGACUGGAUGCUUGUCGGAGAUGUUCCUUGGGAGAUGUUCAGUAGUUCGGUGAAGAGGCUUAGAAUCAUGAGGAAAUCUGAGGCCACCGGAUUAGCUCCAACAUCACAAGAAAGGAACCAAAGGCAAAGAAGAAAGGCCAUAUAGAAUGUGAUUCUCUCAAAUCCCUCAUCAGUAUAAGAUGAAUAGGGAAUCCCUUGCAAAAUACAAAGCAAAGCAAAGGAAAAUAAAUACAGGAAAGUUAGAGCAGUGUGAAAAUCCCUGGUUGUGUGCCCUUUUGUUUCCAUCAUUACAUGUU